AUGUCGUUGGAAGAACCAUUACCGCUAAUUAUUGCAUCCACUGCUUCUAAUGAGCGUCAUUUGCUGAUUGGAACGGGGUCUGUUGAGUCUAUAUCCCUAACAACAAGGCGUAUAGAGAGUUUGCUACAGUCAGGUGUUCAUCCCGUACUAGUGAAUCCUUCAUCCUCUAAACAUAGCCAGAUUUUACUCAAUACUUUUCCUCGGUUAGAGGUUCAUGAUAGAUCUGUGAAGUUAGCAGAUCUGACCACGUUAGGUCGUAUAUUGACAAGUCGUGUCGUGGAUCGUGUCUACGUAAAUUUACCGUUUUCACAAUGUAACGAAGUACCAGAAAUAUUUAAACUAUGUUCAAAACUAAGAAUCCCAAUUAAUACUUAUCAGCAACCAGAAUAUUCGACAUUCCAUAUGUUACCAACAUAUGUGGAUCCUCAAGGAAGUGGAUUACAGAUCUCAGUCACUACAAAUGGUUGUGGUUAUGUAUUAGCUAAUCGUAUUAAGAGAGACAUUAUUAGUAAAUUACCAAAUAACAUUUCACAAGUUGUGGGAAACAUGGCUCAAUUACGUAAUGAAUUGCUAAUAGAACACAAUGAACAAUUAUUGAAGGAACCGUUGUAUCAAAGAUCGCCAUUGGGAUCAGGUCUAGAUGAUGAUGAUCAAUGGGAAAGUCAUACUUUGAACACUUUAGUGGAAGAAUUCGCUCAAAAUAAGCAAACGCAACAAAAGAAAAGAACGCGUUGGUUAUCACAAGUCAUGGAAUAUUAUCCUUUGGAACAACUGGCAUCUUUAACAUGGAAUCAAUUAGAUGCUUCCACUAUUUCGUCAACUACAGAACCUGCUUUCCCUUCCAUCUCUGAAUUAUCGACUCAGCGUAAGGGCCACUUGUCACUUGUAGGGAGUGGUCCUGGUUCGGUCGGUAUGUUAACAAUCGGUGCUUUGAAUGAGAUUAAAUCUGCAGAUAUAAUAUUAGCUGAUAAAUUGGUUCCUCAACCUAUAUUGGAGUUAAUUCCAAAGGGAACUGAAACUUUUAUUGCAAGAAAGUUCCCAGGUAACGCCGAACGUGCUCAACAAGAAUUGUUAGAACUGGGAUUGAGCGCAUUGCAAGAUGGUAAGAAAGUUGUACGUUUAAAACAGGGUGACCCUUACAUAUUUGGUCGUGGUGGUGAAGAAUACCUCUAUUUUGCAUCAAAGGGUUUCACACCAACGGUCCUACCGGGCUUAAGUUCUGCAUUGACAUCUACAAUUGUUGCUGCAAUUCCUGCUACUCAUAGAGAUGUAGCAGACCAAGUGUUAAUCUGUACAGGCACAGGACGCCGUGGUGAUCUUCCUGAGAUCUCUCAAUUUGUAGAGUCACGUACAACGGUCUUCCUAAUGGCGUUGCAUAGAGCUGCUUUAUUAACCAAACAACUAUUAGAAAACAACUGGCCAUCAACAGUACCUGUUGCGAUAGUAGAGAGAGCCUCAUGUAGUGAUCAAAGAGUCACACGAACACAAUUACAAUAUUUACCACAAGUUAUAGAGGAGAUAGGGUCAAGACCACCAGGUUUAUUAAUCAUGGGCAAUGCCGUGAUGAAAUUGGUCCCAAGUAACACUCCAGAAUUUACUGCCGAUCGUAUGUAUCAUAUAGACGAGGGUUAUACUGAUACGUCAAUUAGUUUAGAAACCCUCAGCGGAUUAUCCACAGGAGUCACGGUAUGA